UCUUGCACGCCCCUCCCCCGAGCUGCCAGGAGGAGCCGGAAGUGAGGGGUGGCCGGGACGCCUUGCACACUUUUGCACGCGUGGACCCCCCACUCACUGCCCCCCCCCCGCACACGCACGCGCACAUAGGUGUCCAGGGGGCAGCAGCUGUGACACUCUUGCCCAUUUUGGCACCUCCCCCUCGCUUGCAGGGCCCCUUUGCACACUCUGGCACGCCUUUUCCACGCUUCCACCUCCCCGAAACCCAGCCCGGUUUGCCAAGGGGAGCAGGCCGAGAGAAGCCCCCGGGACGCUUUUGCACGCUCCGGCUUGCAAGGGGAGGCGGGAGGCCGGGCCACACUUUUGCACGCUUUGCAAGGGGAGCAGGCGGAGAGAAGCAAGGGCGGCGCUUUUGCACACUUCCUGGUCCGCAGGGGCGGCCGGGACGGCUUUGCACGCUUUUGCACGCCCGGCGGCCCCCUCCCCCCCCUCCAGGGCUUGCCAAGGGAAGCGGGAAGGGAGGGGCGGGCGAGUCCCGCGGGGCCGCGCGCAGCAUCCGGCCGGUCGCCUGGCAGCCGAGCCGGCGUCUCCUGGGCGGGGAGCGGGGCUGGGGGGGCGGCGGCGGGAGAGGCGCCCGCGGGCGCAGCCUUGCAGAGCCGGGGGAGCGCGGCUGCUUUGACUUCCCUUCCCGGGGCGGCCGCCGUCUCUCGCGCCGUUGCAUGGCCAAGGCGGGGGGUCCCCAGGGGGAGCCCCCCAACGCCGGGCUGGACCAGGACAAGUACGACGCGGCGGAGAACGUGAAGAUCAUCUGCCUGGGCGACAGCGCCGUCGGCAAGUCCAAAUUGAUGGAACGCUUCCUCAUGGAGGGAUUCAAACCACAGCAGCUCUCGACCUUCGCCCUGACCCUCUACAAGUACACAGCCACCGUGGACGGCAAGACGGUUCUUGUGGACUUCUGGGACACGGCCGGCCAGGAGCGUUUCCAGAGCCUGCACCCGUCCUACUAUCACAAGGCCCAUGCUUGCAUCAUGGUCUUUGAUGUCCAGAGGAAGGUCACCUACAAGAACCUGACCAACUGGUAUAAGGAGCUGCGUGAAUUCCGGCCUCAAAUCCCUUGUAUCGUCGUGGCCAACAAAAUAGAUGCCGACCUGAAGGCCACGCAGAAAAGUUUCAACUUUCCCAAGAAGCUCAACCUGCCUCUCUACUUCGUGUCUGCAGCAGAUGGCACCAACGUUGUGAAGCUCUUCAGCGAUGCCAUCAAGCUGGCCGUGGCCUACAAGCAGAACUCGGGGGAUUUUAUGGAUGAAGUCCUGAAGGAGCUGGAGAAUUUUGAGCUAGAGGCGAAGGAGGAGGACUCCCCCGCAGAGGAGGCCAGUCAAGGGGAGACUUCCCCGGUCCACCUGAGCCCCGGGAACGAGUAACCGUGGGCUGCCCACACCUGCACGGAGACCGUGGGCAGCCCUCCCUGCUCAGCGGAGGCCGCCAGGGACCUCCGAGAAGGCCAGCAGAUGGAGGUCAGCUCUGCUGCCCUGGGAGGAGGCGGAGGGCGGACCAGGCUUCCUAGCCCAGAGAGGAGGGGCUGCCGGCUCUGGUAGAGACCUCGAGGCUCAACAAGGCCCCCGUUGCACUUCUAGAAGGACCCUUAGUCUCUGUUGUUGUUGUUGUUGUUGCAAAGAUUCCACCUGGAGAAAUAAAUUUUGGAAGUCUGGAAA